AGACCCUCCAUUUUCCUCUCUCUCAUAUCGAUCUGUACUCAACACUGCCACGUCCUGUUUUCUCUCUAGAAUUUUCUCUUAAUUCCGUGAGUUUGGAUGAAAGUUUCAGCUUCCCAUUUUUUUCUGAAUCCGUGAACUCAACUUUUCGGAACUCUAUUAACAAAUAUCUCGAAUUUCGGGUGUGAUUUUUUUUUUUUUCAAGCAUAAAGAAAAAACCAGGAUUCAAUCGGUCCCUGGCUGCUGCAACUCAACUACAUGCGUGAAAUUCAUCACAUGACAGCUGAUCUUAGUGUAUCACACUGAGGUCUGAGAUCGGAAUUUGGGUUAUUCAGCAAUUCUGCUCAAAUCUUCUGAAUUGUGUGGUUAGUCUAAUGGACAACAUGGGAGUUGAGUCUGGGACUAUGCUGGAGACUGCGAAUGCUUUGGGAACGUCCGAUCACACUUCCGUUGUUGCAAUAACCUUGUUUGUGACGCUCCUUUCUGCAUGUAUUGUGAUCGGCCAUCUGUUGGAGGAAAACCGUUGGAUGAAUGAAUCUAUCACCGCACUCAUUAUUGUUAAAAAGAAACAGUUCUUUCGCAACUUCAUGACUAUAAUAUUGUUUGGAGCAGUUGGUACUUUGAUAUCCUUUGUCAUCAUAUCAUUAGGUGCUAUUGCCUUCUUCCAGAAAAUGGAUAUUAGUCUUGCAAUUGGAGAUUAUCUUGCAAUUGGAGCAAUUUUCGCUGCAACAGACUCAGUUUGCACAUUGCAGGUUCUCAGUCAGGAUGAGACGCCACUGCUCUACAGUUUAGUUUUCGGAGAAGGGGUUGUAAAUGAUGCAACAUCUGUUGUUAUUUUCAAUGCAGUUCAGAACUUUGACCUCUCUCAUAUCAAUACUGCUGUGGCUUUCAGCCUCAUUGGAAACUUUUUUUAUUUAUUUAUCUCGAGCACUGCGUUGGGAGUUGCAACUGGUUUGCUUAGUGCAUACGUCAUAAAGAAGCUCUAUUUUGGAAGGCAUUCUACUGAUCGUGAGGUCGCCAUCAUGAUGCUCCUGGCUUACUUAUCGUACAUGUUGGCUGAAUUAUUCUACUUGAGUGGCAUCCUUACUGUAUUCUUCUGUGGAAUUGUGAUGUCGCACUAUACCUGGCAUAAUGUCACCGAGAACUCAAGAGUCACCACCAAGCACACGUUUGCUACAUUGUCAUUUGUUGCCGAGACAUUCAUAUUCCUUUACGUCGGCAUGGAUGCUCUGGAUAUUGACAAGUGGAGGGUUGUUAGUAGCAGCCCGAAAAAGUCCAUUGCUGUUAGUGCGACUCUGCUGGGGUUGACUAUGGUUGGCCGAGCAGCCUUUGUAUUCCCUUUGUCAUUUCUGUCCAACUUGACCAAGAAGUCUCCAACUGAGAAGAUUGGAUUUAAGCAGCAAAUCACUAUAUGGUGGGCUGGGCUAAUGCGGGGCGCUGUUUCUAUGGCUCUUGCUUACAAUCAGUUUACUAAUGCAGGCCAUACCCAGGACCGUGGAAAUGCCAUAAUGAUUACAAGCACAAUAACAGUUGUCCUCUUCAGCACUGUGGUGUUUGGGCUGUUGACGAAACCCCUGAUAAGGUUCCUAAUGCCUUCCCACAAACAGCUGAGCCGGACAAUAUCCUCCGAGCAGCCCCUCACCCCAAACUCCUUCACUGUCCCACUCCUUGGUGAGGGUCAGGACUCAGUCUCCGAGCUGUUCAGCGGAAAUGGGAUGAUGAGCUCCGAGGGUCGAACUGUGGCCCGCCCCAGCAGCCUGCGCAUGCUGCUCACAAAGCCCACCCACACUGUCCACUACUACUGGAGGAAAUUUGACGAUGCUUUCAUGCGACCCGUUUUUGGCGGGCGUGGGUUUGUGCCUUACGUGCCGGGCUCACCCACUGAGCACAGCGUUCACCAGCAGCAGCAGCAGCAGCAGUGGCAAGGAGAAACCAAGCACUGAGUGAGGACGACUGUUUCGGAACUCAGGUUUUCUAUUUUUGUACAACUAGUUUUCGUUUUGUUUGAUCGGUUGGUUUUUUUGUGUUUUUUGAUUGUCGCGCGCGGGGAAUAGUGGGAUUUUGUCUUUGUAAUUUUAUUUCCUUGGAUAUCCGAAGAUUUUUUCUGUAUAAGGUUUUAUCAACUGUUCAUACUGUGAUGUAUAGUUGUGUAAUUAAUUAUCUGGCUUGUGCAUUGACAUUUAUCUAGAGUAUCUAUUGGGAGUUUUAUGCGGUUGUGUUGUGUAUCGUCUCUUGGGCUUGUAUUACAACAAAGGAUUGUACAUUGGAGUGUUUUUUUUGNAAAAAGUUG